UUCAGUUAAAUGUGCAUGCAAUGUUCUUCUGCGCACCCAUUCCAACGCUCCAGUCUAACAGUUUUAGGUAUCGUUCAGGUGAGGACAAACGUGACGGUCAACAUGUUGUUUAUUCUGAUGGUUUUCCUGAGCGUCAUCGGGUAUGGAGCGCCGACGACAACGACACCGGCCGGGACAUCGUUAAGUCCAGUAGACCAAUUUAAGGCUAUCGUGAAUACAGAAGUGGACUUACUCUGGAAUAGCGUUGACCACGAUAGUUCUGGUAAUUUGGACGAGGCGGACCUAUCAAAUAUUUUUAAGAAAUAUGAUGACGACGGUAACGGACAAAUAUCCCAAAGAGAGUUCAUGUCCCACUUCAGCAACAACAGUGCAAACCUUAACAUCAUAUCCGAGGGACUUUUCUACGAACUAGACAUGGAUGAUGACAAUAGCAUUACCGGAAGUGACAUGCAGCGAUAUUACGAUAAGAUUGACGUCGACAGUAAUGGCGAGGUCAACAAGAACGAAUUUGACGUUUUCUUCAGAAAAUCGUUGACCCUCCUGUUUGUCCUCCAGUAUGAAAGUAGCCGCAGCACUACACCGGUUUCUACGUGAUUUCGGGUCACGAGAUCCGACCUGACCAUCACUAUGUACAUAACGUGAACAUUAAACUUGAACAAGUUAGA